AUGGCCGCCGCCGCCUAUUCCGCCUACCACGACAGCGACACGAUCUACAGCAUGCACCAGUACUAUCCUACGGGCACAUGUGCGAGCCCCGUUGAGCACGAUUAUUCAGCUGGUGAGGCUUCCUACAUGCUAGACACAUCCAGGGCGCACUGGCCGGCCCAGCCGUCCUCGUCCGUGUUCUACCCUGCCUCCACGUCUGCCUCCGACUAUGCUUCGCCCGCAUCCCAGCAGGUAUCCUAUCCCUCCCCGUACACCGCGUCCUCCUUGCACACCACCCUGCAGGAUCCUUACGCCGCCUCCACCACACCCCUCCCCAGGUUGCAUCGCGUCUCCUGUCCCGCGGGUAACGCCCCCGCCAACGCGCCCUACACGGAGGUCAAAACAAAGGAGGAGGAACUUGAGUCCGGCUUCGUCUUCGAGCUCAUGUCCCACACGAGGCUCUCGCGCUCCACGAACCCGCUCCUUGACAGCAUACCCGAGCUGCCCCUGCGCGCGACGCAGGCGAGCAAGGAGAUGCGCGUGCUCAUGGGCGCAUUCCGCCUCGACCCCUUCGCGAUGCACAAUGGCGUCAAUAGCGCCGCGAGCCAGAGCGUCCCCGUUGGCAUCGAGAUCGGCCCGCUCCGCGUGCCCCCCGUCAUGUUUGAGUGGCAGGCCGAGCUCGUCCGCCCGCUAGUCCCCCAGAGUGCGCGUUGGUUCCCCGAGGAGCAGCCGAUGCACGCGUUCGACGACGAGAAGUUGGCGCACGCGGGCGCGAUGGAGGUGUACGGUGAGGUGAGCGAUGGACGGGACGACAUGGACGCGGACGUUGCGUUGCAGCCAGUGAUGACCCCCGAGCAGGCGGCCAACUGCGGCACCAGUUUCGCGGACCAGCAGGGGAUGGUCUCGGCAUCUUCGUCCUCACCGGAGGGAUACCCGGUGCAGCCGCUCUCAGGCAUCCUCAAUCGGUCUGGGCACUCGUCCUCGUCCCAAGCAUCAAUAGGAUCCCGUUCCCUCCCGUCUCUCCCCAAGCCCCGAUCGUCCUUGUUCUACCGUCAAACGCAGAACUAUGCUCUGUGGUCGCCCACAGCCACGCUCCCGUCUCCAAGCGCUCUACAUCUCCCAUCGCUCUCCCAGUCGCCCAUUGCCUCAUCUGCGAUGCGCACUGGCAUAUUCUCUGUCUCAACAUCACUCCCAAGUCUCUCGCGCCGAUGCCAGCUUGACUUUUCUCAGAUGCACAGCAGCUCCGUCGCGCAGCCACAGCCGCAAUACGCGAGCCCGAGCCCUCCCGCGUUCUUGAGCAACAGCAACGAUGGGGGGGGCGGGGUGGCGUCGAGGCCUGGCUGUUACAGCGACGGCACGCAGCGAUGGUACGGCCGCUCUGCGUUCGCGCUCGAGGCGUACACUGCGUCGGCGUGCACAUGA